AUGCAAUACCCAAAUUCUCUGGUAGCAAGACUCUAUAAGGCAAGGUAUUUUGCAAAUUCAUCUUUGCUUGAAGCUACAAAAGGAGGUAGCCCUUCCUUCAUUUGGUCUAGUUUGAUUGAAACCCAAGACGUGAUUCGAAGACAUGCUAGAUGGAGGGUUGGUAAUGGGAAUAAAAUUAGAAUUUACUAUGAUGAUUGGCUGCCAGACAGUAUCAAUAGGAGAAUAUCUACUUUCCCUUACCCUUUUAUGGAGAACGCGACAGUAAGCUCUCUUCUAAAUGACCAAGGGGAGAGAUGGGAUGAGGAUUCUAUUGUCAACAUUUUUAAUGAAAGAGACGCCAAUUUGAUACUGAGCAUUCCCAUUGCUAAGACAAAGAGAGAGGACGAGCUGUUCUGGCCGGAGGAAGACAACGGCAAGUUUAGUGUGAAGAGCUGUUAUAGGGUGUUAUCUACUGUGCCGAGGAAUAUUACGGAGGAGAAAUGGACUUCAAUGUGGAAUCUAUGGCUACCGGCAAAAAUUAAAAACUUCUUCUGGCAAGCCUGUACACAAUGCUUACCGACAGCAGACCGGUUGAUAGCAAAGAAAGUAAAUUGCUCAAAAGUAUGCCUACUAUGCAAUAAAGCAGAUGAGUCGACCCUGCAUGCAUUUGUGGAGUGCGAUAAAGCAAAGGCAUGUUGGAACCGUAUUGGGAGUUCUUUGUCUUCUGUAGGGCAUACAUCAUUCUCCGAAUGGAUUCAUAAUGUAUUCACGGUUUUAGACAAGGAAAAUCAAAGCAUUAUUAUUGUCAUAUGUUGGAAGCUUUGGUUUGCAAGGAACCAAAAAGUGUGGAACAAUAUAAAUAUUCCUCCAGCCAUCAUAGUUGAAACAGCAAGGAACUAUCUAAAAGACUGGAAAGAAAGCACAAGAGCCGUGUGCAGUACACAGGAAUCAGGAUAA